AUAAGUUGGAGAAGACGAGCACAGAAGUUAUAAGAACAUGAAGAUUGUAGGCGGCAGCAAACAAUUUCCAUUAAAACCAAUGAUUUGCAGGAAUCUUCUCCGCAAGAACAGGUCAAAUGGGCAUCUACUCUGUCUUCUCUAAUUUCUUCUUCUUCUUCUUCGAUUAGCUGAAUUUGGAGAGAGAAAAACCCUGGAUUCUUGGCCUUCGUUGUACCAAACAACAAUGCCCUGUGACCUAGAAAUGGGUCUUGACAACAAUGAAGAUGGAAAUGGUUCUCCUGAGACUAAGAAAAUAGGUGGAGUUGAAGAAGAAGAUGGAGAUGAAAGUGUUGGGUUGAGUAGAAAAAUGAGUGAGGCUUCUAUAUGUGCAGCAGAGGAUGAUGAAGAUGAAGAGGGAAGGAAGAUUGAGUUGGGUCCUCAGUGUACAUUGAAAGAACAACUUGAGAAAGAUAAGGAUGAUGAAAGCUUGAGGAGGUGGAAGGAACAGCUUCUAGGAAGUGUGGAUAUUGCAGCUGUUGGAGAAACUUUGGAACCAGAGGUAAAGAUUCUGAGCCUAGCGAUUAGAACCCCAGGAAGGCCAGACAUUGUUCUACAAGUUCCUGAGAGUGGAAAUCCAAAAGGGCUAUGGUUUACAUUGAAAGAAGGCAGCCGUUACAGCUUGAUCUUCACCUUCCAAGUUAGCAAUAACAUUGUUGCAGGUCUCAAAUACGCUAACACAGUCUGGAAAACUGGUGUCAAAGUUGAUAGUUCAAAAGAGAUGCUGGGAACUUUCAGUCCUCAGGAAGAACCUUACACCCAUGAAAUGCCUGAAGAUACAACCCCAUCUGGGAUAUUUGCUCGAGGAUCAUAUUCAGCAAGAACCAAGUUUGUUGAUGAUGAUGACAAGUGCUACCUGGAAAUCAACUACACAUUUGAUAUCAGGAAAGAUUGGCAAUCGUCUUAAAAAACAAAAAGAACAAAAACAUCAGGAUUCUCUGCUAAUGAUUGGUUUUGCAUUUGAUCAAUUAUCUUCUCUUUUGAAGCUCAUUCAUAAAUUUGGUUUGAAUGUCCAAAUAUUUCAUGUACUCUCUUUCUUUUAACUCUUGAUUCUUUCAUGUACGUGCAUGAGACUGAUGGCCAAAUAUGCAAAUGCAUAUUAUUUUAUUGUUGAAAAA